CCCACCCGCUUCACAUAUAUAGUCCAGCUACUCGCCGCCUCCUCCUUCUUUUCCUUUUCCUCUUCCCUCACCCACUCCAGCUUCAACUCAUCUAUCAAGCCUGUACAACACAAGAGUCACUCGUUGCUCAUCACACACUCGUUAACUUGCGAUAAUCAAUUCAAUCAAUCAAUCAAGAUGAAGUACUCCCUUACCUUCGCCGCUGUGGCCCUCAUCGCUGCCGCCACCGCCCAGGAUACCCACGGCAUCCCAACCUGCGCCGUCCAGUGUAUCCUCGAUGCCACCAGCAGCGCCACCAGCUGCGGCCAGAAGGAGUUCUCCUGCCAGUGCAUCGCCGCCAACCAGGCCAAGAUCACCAGCGCCGCCCUCGGAUGCGUCACCUCCAAGUGCGAGCCCGCUGACCAGCUCAAGACCCUGAGCGCCACCAAGGCCCUCUGUGCGAACCCCCCUGCCGAUGAGGGUACGGUUGCGCCCUCCUCCGCGGCCCCAGUGGCCCCAGCCUCCUCUGCGGCCCCAGCCACGCCAUCUUCCACCAAGGCCGCCGCUGUUCCAGCCACGCCAUCUUCCACCAAGGCCGCCGCUGUUCCAGCCACGCCAUCUUCCACCAAGGCCGCCGCUGUUCCAGCCACCACUGUAGGUGUACCCGAGACGGUGUAUGUGACGGUUUGCUCAUCUACCCAGGUCCACGGCGGCGCUGCCCCUACCGGCGGAAAACAUGGCAACGGCACCACCCCCACCGGCCCGGCCACCCCAUCCUUCUCCACUGGCGCCGGUGCUAAGCUCUCGGCCGGCCUUGGAUCCGUCGCCGCUUUCGCCCUUGCUGCUCUCGCCUUGUAAGCGGGCUAUACUUGCGGAGGGUUUUAAUUUCGGAAGGGUGGAUGAUGUAAUUACACCUCUUUUCUUUUAAAUAAGGAAAUUGGCUGUGGUGUGUUAGGAGGAGAGGAGGAGGGGACGGGUAUAUACAUGGUGGUGAAUUGAUGAGAUGAUAAAAAUCUUGGUUUACUUGCUUACAUAUUGUGAUCCAAGUGAAUUGAAUUAAUAUGUUAUAAAGGAAUAAAUAGUUUAUUUAAAGUCGAUA